AUGGCGCGGGAUCCACCGGGCCCCACGCCCAGCUGCGCUCCGCUCCCUUCGGACGGGCUCGGUUCCUUCCGGCCGCGCUCGGCUCCUCUUCCGGCCGGCCUGGGCGUCUCCGGUCAUACUCGGGUCUCUCCGUCUCUAUUCGGCUCACGGCUGCGGCGCUCGGCUCUCUCCGUGCCCCGGCCCGGGGGCUCUUUCCGGAGGCCGAAUUCCGCUUAUCUCCGCCGUGCCCCGCCCUUAUGGGCAAGGACCAAUGGCCUCUCUCUGGGCGGGGCGGCUGUUGGACGACCUGGGCCAAUCCGGGGCGCCGGGGGCCAAUCAGGUGGCGGAGCGGCGCGUGCGCGGGCGAGAAACCGGCUGGGCGAGGUAGCGUCCUGGAAGACCGGCGAGAAGGAGCCGCGCCUCUGUCCCGUGGGGGCCGGAGGGGCGGCGGGGCGGCGGCUGCAGCUGCAGCUCCGGUGCGAGGGCUUCCUUGCCGGGCCCUCUUCCCCGACCUCUGGGGCGCUCCGACGAGGAAGAGCCGCCCAGCGCGCGUCCGUCCUGAGCGUGGGUGAGGCCUGGAGGAGGCGCGCGCGCUGGGCAGGGCCGCACACCGCGGGCAGAGUGCGGGAUGCGGGCACCCGGUGGGUACGCAGUAAACAUUUGCUGAAGGAAUAUGGCCCUUGGGACAGUUCGAUGACUCCAGGCCUAGAGCUAAUUACAGAGUCAAACCCAAGAGCGGAAGGUGAAGACUGGCAGCUUGCCGCAGCCCCCUUCUCGGCCUGCGCACCUCACAUUGAGGGCGCCCCGAUUUAAACACGUGCCUCCUGCAUUUCUGCUUCUGCCCCAGGCUGGUGCGGCGGCCAGCAGCGCUGGACCCACAGGGAUCCCUGGCAAUGUCUGUCGAACUAUGGUGUUCUUUGGGGCAUCUGACUAGAGUGUUGUUUGAUUUGAUAACCAGAAAGAAAUCAAAAAUUGGGGAUCACAAGGCUAAUGUCACUUGCUGCAGUGGAAAAUCGUGAUCAUUCUGUUUAAAUCUGCGUCAGUUUUGAGACCUGGAGCCCAUUGACUGACAAGGAGGCUUGGUUCCUCUCAGGAAGGAUCUUACAAUACCAGCAUCUGAGCAUAUACCAAAAAAUACUCCCGCAAUCCUUCCCUAAAGGGACCUAGAG